CGAAGCGUUUCAAUAUAUGAAAAAGAACAAAUAGAAAUUAUAAAAACGUCGUAAGUCAUUGACGGUCGCUUACGUAUCUUGGCUCUGCUUUCGUGACGGUCGGGGACUUGUCGGAUUUUUGAAAAUGGCGGUGAUGUGCAGGUUUCGUGGUUUCAUGAGAAGAACCAAAUAUAUUCGAGAAUCUUUGAAUAUAAACAAUGUCACGUCGAAUUCAUUAGUUUCCCGCAGUCUUUGUACGUACGUUGAACAACCAAAGUCCAAAGGUAUUCUGAGAUUCAGUUUAAUCGGAGCUGGACUUGGUGCUGCGGUCGGAGUAGGUUAUGCCUUUACUAAAAUAAACGACGCAAGGCAAAAAUUGGCUUUAGAAGGCUCCGAAAUAGACGUAAAGCUUUUAAAAUACAAGCCGGACGUGAAACCUUCUCGACGGAUUAUCUCUCCUGUAGAUUCUACAGGGUUGAAAUUAACACUUUUCCAAUACCAGACAUGUCCAUUUUGCUGUAAGGUUAGAGUUUUAUUAGAUUAUUAUGGAAUAUCUUAUGAUGUUGUGGAAGUUGAUCCUGUACUCAGACGAGAAAUUAAUUGGUCAGAUUACAGAAAAGUGCCUAUUUUAUUAGCAAAGGUUGACAAAGGCUAUCAACCAUUAAACGACAGUUCCAUGAUUGUGUCAGUUAUAACAUCUUUUUUGAAUGACAAGUCACAAAAACUUGAUGAAAUUGCAAAGUAUUAUCCUGUCAUUGCAAUGCACGAUGAAAAAGAAGUAUUCAAGCAUGAAAUUGUAAAUAAAUAUUUUCUUAUGUAUCAAAAUUAUAUUCCUAAAAAUAGAUCUAUGAAUGACAUUGUCGAGGAACGAAAAUGGAGGAAAUGGGCAGACGAUGUAUUUGUACACACACUUUCACCAAAUGUUUAUAGGACAUUAGGAGAAGCAUACCAAACAUUCAACUGGUUUUCUAAAGUUGGACAUUGGGAAGAAUAUUUCCCAGCUUGGGAAAGAGCUAUAAUGAUUAAUGUAGGAGCUUUAGCUAUGUGGUUAAUUUCAAAGAGAUUGAAGAAAAAACACCAAUUGAAAGAUGAUGUAAGACAAUCUUUCUAUGAUGAGAUUAAUCUUUGGCUCAACGAAAUUAAAGCAAAAAGAGGAACAUUUAUGGGAGGAGCAAAUCCAGACUUAUCUGACCUUGCUGUGUAUGGUGUAUUAAAAUCAAUAGAAGGCUGUAAAGCAUUCAAUGAUGCAUUGAACCAUACUAAAUUAAGCGUAUGGUACAGUGCAAUGAAAGAGAAGGUUGAUUCUCAUGCAGGUAGCAUUUAUUUGAGCAAUUGAUAGAGGAACAAUGAAGUUGAGAUUUGUACAUUACUUUUUAUUUAUUUGAUUGCUUUAUAAUAAAUAUUUGUUGAAAAAAUAAAUAUUUUUUUGUAAAAAAAUUCUUUUA